UUAGUGACCAAACUUGGUGACCACUCCUUCCUGUGCUGACCGCUGUGCUAGGAAUUUCUUACUGCAGGCACAGAGGUUUCAAAAGUUUAAAAAUGGCGGGGAUUUGUGGUUUGUUUUCUCCUGGUGAAAACAAAUAUUUUGCGAGUUUUAGUGAAUGAAAACCACGAGAAAAUGGAUAUUUUUCCCUGGUGUGUUUAACGCUUUAAAGAGGCAUUGGAUGAAACAAUUGGAUGUGAACUGCAAGAAAGAGGCAGACUCAAGAGAAGAAGAAGAUCAUUUCAAUUCGUUUGUGUCAGACUUCGUGAACAUGAAGCAUUCGAAACAAAUACUUUCAAUAACUAGUGCUGCCGUCGAUGCGCUAUCUUGUGCAAGAGAAGUCCAGAAGGAUAAGAGAGCUGAAUUUAGAGAAGGACUAGAACAAGCAAUGCCGUCAGUUCCAAGAACACGAAAGGAUGUCACGCAGCCAGUUUCAUCACGCCACCAAAAUCCUCUUUCGCCCUUGAAUCAAUCGUUGUCUUCUCCCACUGCAGAUGACCGACUUUCUGACCAAGUAAAGAGAGAAGUGAAAGAUGAAUCAUCUUCAUCCCUUUUGGAACUUCCUUUCAAUGGUACUCAGAGAGUAAGAGUACCUUCAAGACUGCUUCGUGAAAUCAAGUCACCCCUGGAAAGGAGUUCUUCCUCAAGUGAUUCCAACGAAGCCCCUGGAGUAAUUAGGAUAGUUGAUGAGCAAAUGAGACCCACUCCAGUGAAAGUAAUCAGGCAUGUUAAUGGUCCAUCAGCAUGGAUGUUAUCUCAGGCAGACGAUCUAGUCCAUAAUGUUAAGCCUCCAGAUCCUGUGAAGACUGUGGGAGAGCCUUCUGUAGGUGACACAGCAAGUGGAAUGACAUUACAAAGAACUGAAAAAAGUAGCUUAACUGGAAAACAAGUAACUGAAGACAUAGGGUGGCAUCUUGAAGAUGAUGCUCAUGAAACAGAGCUUUAUGAAAGAACUAAGAAUGCGCCUAUCAAGGGCUUGUACCAGGGACAGCCAAAGUAUGGAGUCCCAGUUUUCAACCCAACAGGAGAAAACGGUGGUGAUGUUAAAGUAAAACGUUUUGUUCUGAAUGACAAAGAAAGGGCUUUAAAAGAACAGUUUUUGAAAAGACAAGAUCAAAAAAGGCCAAUAAAAAAACUGGUUCAGCCAACAGUAGUUUCUCCUACGGCUGAGGAAGAAAGAAAAAUGCCAGGUGGAAUAGAUAGUGACAAUCCUGUAGCCACCGCAGCAGCCAUUGCUGCUGCAGCCGCAUCAGCAGCAACUGGACCUUUCCUUCAGCUGCAGCAUUCCUUGGAGGCUCAGAUUGCUGCCCUUGUCAGUAAUCUGCAAGCUCUUCAACAGAAUCAUGACAGGCAACAGAAGAUGCAGGACCAGGAGAAGGAGAGUAAACUACAACAACAGAUUGAAGAAAGGUUGAAGAGGUUGGAAGAUCUACAAACCAAGAUGCUGGAAGCACAAUCGGCACCAGUCUCAUUUCCCACUGGUUCCCACCAACCUUCGAUAAUGACACAUCCAACCAACAGAGUGGAUCCUGCUGGCAUGCUGCCACACGGUGACAUGAAAGGUGCUGCCUACCAUCCUGUGCCUGCAGUGUCUUCUCACAAUAACGCACCAGGGACAGUGUUGCGGGAUGAUUUAACUCAAGCAAAGUAUACUGUACCUGGACACUAUCAACCCCACACCACUCAUGAAAGUCCACAUGAUCACAAAGAUCUAUUCUCUCAUCCAGGAAGCAUACCGGUCUUUGAAAAACACAAAAUGGUCAGAAACACUAGAACUCAAACUUCUCCUCAAGAAUCUAUUUCUUCAGAAGAGUCUCCGCUCCAGACUCCUCUCCCUCGCAAACGACCGCCCAUUCCUAUGUCCCGUUACGACUUGCCAAGGUCUCGUGCUAGGGGGCCUCGUUCUGAUGCUGACCGGAGGGCGGAGAAGAAAGCCCGGGUACGAUUUGAAUCAGAUAUUGGUCCCAGAUUGCCGUCUUACAUGAAGGAAAUGACACACAAAGGCCGAGGACUUGUGAAAGAGCUUGCGUCCCAGGACUCUGCGUUCAGACAUGAUGAGAAGGAGACGGAGCAUCGUACACCUCCUGACAGUUUUAGCAAUCCAGUUCUUCCAUUGAGGUCAGAAACUGUAGCGCUAUCAAAUGAUGUUGGAAAAAUCAAAACUGAGUUAAGGGAUAUUCUUACUGAGACAGAGAGGCUUAAACAAGAGUUAGUUCAACAUCAACUAGCAAAGGAUGAUGUUCCUUCUCAUUUGUUACCAACUAGACACACUGGCCCAUCACCUCUAGAUGAAUAUUUGGAAACUACACGUGUAUCACAACCAAGAAAUCCGAUGACACCAAGACCAUCAGGUUUUUUGUCAACAAACUCAACACGUCACUUUGCUGAUGCAGAGCGCAUCCUUGAAGAUGUUCAGCAUCGGAGGCAAAAUUUGGAUAACAACUUGGAUGCUGUGAUAAGGCAAAGAGAAGAACAAGACUUAUACAAUCUGGUGGAUAACAUUCCAGUAACUAACAGUGAGUUUGAUGAAAUGUUGAGAAUAAAGAGGGAAGUGGACAAGAAAAUAGGAGAGAUCACUUCUACAGUGCAGAGGGAAAUUGACCAGGAAGCCAAAGGUAUUUCCCAACAAAAUGAAGAUACUAAUGCUUUGAAGAAGCAAAAGUCUCAGCCAGUCAAGGCUACACCAUAUGCAGCCAGAAGAAUUGAACCAAAAGGUACAACAAGACCUGGCUCUAUUACGGGAAAGAAGGCUGUUAGCAAAACCACUGGCAAGGAAAAUGUGCCAGAGAAGAUGGCUGCUAAGAAAGGCAAGUCUACAAGGACCCAAGCCCCUCCAAAACGUCCUACUACAGUGACUCCAGCACAGAAACAAGUGUACCUGUCAAGUGUGUAUGGCCGCCAACCUUAUCACCCACAGAGAACAACCUCCAAGGCACCGUACCUACAUUACCAGUCUCCUGUCAACCCUAAGACAGCUGCUAUCAUGGCUGGGAUUAUGGCAGGUGACAGCAGGGUGACAGCAAAACCAGUUCUACAGGAUCUGACAAGUGUACCGGAGAAAGAGGUUCCAGAACCAAGAAAGAAAAAGGCAGAUGGUGUUAAACCAGAACUCAGUCCUCGUGUUCAACCAACCAAGCAGAAGGAUGAUACACAGUAUUUUUUUCACCCCAGAGUUGAUUUGUCACAAGUUACACCUUGGGAGGGAAAGGCAAGGGUUGCUGUACCAUUGGAAGGCCAGCUGGUUCCUAUGGCUAUCCCCCUGGGUAAGCCCAAGACUGACCCUGCAUUACGGCCCCCUAUUGCUACACAAGAUGUACAACGUACAAUCCCAGUGGAAGAUAAAGCAGAAAGCUCCUCAACAGACAGCACCAUAUCCACAGAUACUUCUGAACCCCCAUUACCAGACUCCACUCCUGUGAGGCCCAGUAAACCAACUCGGCCAAAUGUGGCAGUGAUUACGAUGUAUGACAAGGAACUGGGUGAGAACACAGCCCAUCCGCAUAAGCGACAGAAAAAAUCCCCAGCCAAGAAAAAGCAAAGCGCUCUCUCUGUACAGGUAUUACCAAAAGUGGAUAUCGAUAGUUUUUCAGAAUCUGGAUCUUCCUCACCAAGUCUGCCUCAUGUUUCUGAUAUUCCAGAGCCUCUUUCCCGUCCUGAUGAUUCUGAGUACCAGGAAUUCAGGAAUUUUUUAGCGGUGACAGAGUCUGGGACGCGUGAACAACGUGAAGAACAGGCUUUAGAUGAUGCAGAUGAUGACUUUCACCGAAUCCCAACCCCUCAGCACCCGCUGACAUUAGAGGGGUUCACAGGAGUACAAGAUCAACCGUACAAUGGCCCCCCAUUUCCUCCCGUUCAUCCCCCAGAUUCUGUGCAACUUGCAGGGGGGGUCCUGGAAGCUGACACUCGACAAGAGGAAGCUCUGCAAGAGAGAGCUAUGGAAUGGAUUGAGCAGGAACUGUUGGCACGGAUUGUUAGUGAAAUGAACCCGCCAGCGCCUGACCCUACCACUCUGAUUAGGCCGCAGUCUACCCCUGACAGUAGCACUGUAUCUGAGCCCGAAGAUGAAGAUGCUGAUAUGCUUGCUGCCACCAUAGGUCUGGGUGGAAUUCAACUCUUUAUUGACGCGGGUUUACCUGUGGAUCGAGAACUUGUUACCAACUUGAUUCGAGAAGUAAUAGCGGAAAAUAUUUCUACAAUUCUUGGACAUCCAAAACCAAGGGCCAGCUCCGCGCCUUCAAGACAGCCAGUCUUGGAGGAAGAACAUCCUUCACGUACACCUUCCCCCAGGGGGACGCCAUUGCCAACCCCCAUACCCACCCCUGAGUACACACCGCCAGAGUCGGAGGAAAGUGCUCAUGAAUCAGGAAUACUAGCAACACCUGAACGCACUCCUACCCCGUCAGUAACAAGUGAAGAACCGACUCCGUCGGAUACCAAAGAGGAAGAAAAAGUUUUUGAACCAAUCAAUGAAGAACUGCCUAAGGAAGAGCAGACAAUUGACCAGGUAAGAACACCAGUAUCUACUCCAGUCCCAUCACCGCCUGCUGCUCAGUCCCCCGCAGUCAGUAUAUCGACACCUGAGCCUUCAUUCCGAGAGCCAGAGUUAUCUCAAGAUACGGUGGUGCCCACGCCUCCACCGUNGAUUUUAUUCUACAAGGACCCAAGCCCCUCCAAAACGUCCUACUACAGUGACUCCAGCACAGAAACAAGUGUACCUGUCAAGUGUGUAUGGCCGCCAACCUUAUCACCCACAGAGAACAACCUCCAAGGCACCGUACCUACAUUACCAGUCUCCUGUCAACCCUAA